AUGUUGCUUGUGUCUCUAGGGCAGCUUUGCAGCAGUGGUGUUACUUCCGGCGAGUCACGAGUCGACAAUAACCGCAGGCGAAGGGUUACGGCGAUGGACUACCGCAUCAACGAGCUCGGCCGUUUUCGGGUCCUCCUCGGCGGCCUGUCCGCCUCGCUCUGCAUUUCCGUGCUUUACGGCUUCAACCUUCUCAGCAACUACCUUCAGAAGGAGUACGACCUUAAUGCGAGCGACUUGACCACAAUCACAACCACGGGCAUCGUCGUUGGGUUCGUGACCUUCCCCGGGGGCAUGUUGCUCGACUACGUGGGCCCGAUGUGGGUGCUCAUCAUCGCCACCACUUCGUGCGCACUGGGCGCUUUCCUCUUUGGGCUGGCGUUCCAGGGCCUCAUUGCC